AAUUUCAAUCAUUUAGUUCUCGGUUCAUAUGUGGAUCAAUUUGAAUGACAUUUUGCAGCAAAUUCCCUUUACAUUAUCUAGUUUUUAACUAUUAUAGUGAGAACUGUCAGCUCUUUAUCUAAUCUCCCAUAAUGUAUCUUUAAUUAUGGAGCAAUCCUGUCUUUAUCAAUCCGUUUGAUGCAGGUGAUCAGUAGCAGUCGAACUAACUCGUUUGAUGCAGAAGCGGAACAAAAGAAAGAAACUGCCGGCUUAACUUCAACAAGACCAAAGAAGCCGGAACAACAAACUGAUUUUUUUGACGAGUGAAAAAAAAUUCGUCUGCUAGGCUAGUGCUGAGAAAAUGGAGUUUGUGAAAUCUUUUGCACACCCCGAUGAAGUUAUGGCUCUAGUAAAGUUUAAGAUGGGAGGUUGUCAAGCAGUGAUGCCUAAAUGUGAUACGAAGACUAUGAGUGAAACAUUAAAGAAAUGUUAUGUACAUCUAACCAAUACGAGUAGAAGUUUCGCAGCUGUAAUACAGGCCAUUGAUGAUGUCGCACUCAGACAUGCUACGUGUAUAUUUUAUCUGGUAUUAAGGGCGUUAGAUACUGUAGAAGAUGAUAUGACCAUUCCUAACUCUAUAAAAAUACCCAUGUUAAAAUCAUUCUAUAAAAAUCUACAAGAUAAAAACUGGAAAUAUAUGGACAGUAAAGAAAAAGAUAAACUCGUGUUAGAAGAUUUCCCUACAAUAUCGUACGAGUUUCGUCAGUUAGAACCUGUUUAUCAACAAGUUAUAUCAGAUAUAUGUAAACAGAUGGGUGCUGGUAUGACUGUAUUUUUUGAACGAGAUUUAAUAACUUUAGCUGAGUGGGAUGAGUAUUGUCAUUAUGUAGCUGGUUUAGUUGGUAUAGGAUUAUCAAAGUUAUUCUCAGCAUCAAAACAAGAAGAUGAUAUAGUUGGUAAAGAUACGUAUCUGUCUAAUAGAAUGGGAUUAUUUCUACAGAAGACCAAUAUAAUACGAGAUUAUCUGGAAGAUCAACUAGAGGGUCGAGCUUUCUGGCCUCGCGCUGUAUGGGGUAAAUAUGCCAGUGAACUGGGUGAUCUAGCUAAAGAAGAAAAUGUAGACAAGUCCGUCCAGUGUUUAAAUGAGCUGAUAACCAAUGCUCUAGAGUUAAUACCUGACUGUAUUAAAUAUAUGUCACGGUUAAAAGAUCAAAGUGUUUUUAACUUCUGUGCUAUACCACAGGUUAUGGCUAUAGGUACGUUAGAAAGGUGUUAUAAUAACAGUAAAGUAUUUAAAGGUGUUGUGAAGAUCAGGAAAGGUGAAGCAGUUAAAAUGAUGAUGGGAUCCACAAAUUUAGAACAAGUUAAAGCAAUCAUGAGUCAUUUCACAUCAGAGAUUUUACGAAGAAUUCCAGCCAAUGAUCCGACAGCCAAUCGAACGAGAGAAGUUUGUCAGCAAGCACUGAACGUCUGUCAAACUAAACACGAAUACACAACAUCCAGUAUCUUUCCUCCUCUAUAUAUGUCGUGUGUCUUGAUGAUUGGAGCUAUAUCAUAUAAAUAUUGGUCGGAGAUAUCGUCCGUUUACGAUUCAUUUGUUGAUAGUUAUACUACGUGAGCGUGUCUAGUCAAUAAACAAUGUGAACAAUCGUAACACUCGAUCUUGUGAAAAUAAUUGAAUACCCGGUGUGUGAUACGGCGGCCCUGGAUCCUGACAAAUACACUGUGAUGUUUUGGUGACGUGGUCAUCAAGACUCUUGAAUUGAUAUGGAAAAAUAUAUCUUGAAUUUCUCAUAAAGAAUACUGGAUGAUUUUAUGGUUUCACGUACAUGUAGCUAAGACAUAUAUUUGACAUUUUCAUCUGAUAGGAAAUUUUUAAUGCAAACCACGUUUCAUAUGACAAACGGAAUUCUAUAUAGAAUAGGCUUGGUUGUCCAAUUCUAUAUGACCAACUGAACAUUAUAUAGUGCUAAAACAACAGUGAUUUUUCCAAAGCCCAGAAUUGCGGGGCCCCUUAAAGCAAUGAAAAGAUUAUUUCAUAUCCUUUUGAAUUGCAUGCAUGCGUAACACACAAUUUAACGGUCUGUAAUACAAGAAUAAUUACAGAGAAGGUUGAGGGAUUGCAGACUCACCCUGUCUCUGCCCAUCGCAACGCUAAAAGCCUAUACCGAUCACUGAGUGGAACUUCACAGAGAAGGUUGAGGGAUAGCUCAGUCUCCACCCUCGCGCCGCUAGAUCAAUUACCAUCAAACUUAGAUCUGGAAUUUGAAUUAUUUCUCUUUUUGCCAUGAACCGUGGGGCCUUGGGCCUGGGCCCCUCAGGCCCAUGCCUAUGCUGAGCUUUGGAUGUUUCACUUAUUGAUGCAUGGAAUGGAGAAACAUUUCAUGCAAUAUUCUGUUUUCAGACUUCCAAAAUAUGUAUGUCAAUUGACGAAUAUUGAAAGUGCAUUAUGUAAAAUUUAGAUAAAGAGCUGACAGUUCUCGAUAUAAUAGUUUAAAAAAAGAUCAUGAAAAGGGAAUAUGUUGAAAAUUUCAGUUAAAUUAAUUCACUUUUGAGUGGACUUAUAGUCUCGAUUAUCAAUGCUACCGUUGUUACGAUAAUAAAGAAAGUCUUGAUUAUCCAUUUUUAAAUUAAAUCAUUAACUGCCAAUCAUAUUUAAAUCUGUUGAAAAUCAAAACCAUCCGAAGUUCCAGGGAGUUAUAUAAAAUCGUAGGUCAAACGAAAGAUCUUCACUAGACAGAUUUAGCUGUUGAAAAAUGCAUCUAUAAAUGAAUUAGAUGACUCAUUGAACAUUUGCUGUAAGGGUCUGGGUAUAUAGAUAUUUAUAUUUGGUCAGUAUAUAUUUAUAAUGUUUAUUCUGUUAAAUAAACCUAUAUUACCACUGAGA